AUGGAUAGAUCUGCUUUAAUUUUAGACCUCGGAUCAGAGAGCACUAAGGCUGGGUUUGCAGGAGAUGUUGACCCAAAAUGUGUUAUCCCUACAAUUACCGGUGAGUACAGGGUCAAGAAUGCCGAAGUAGGAUAAGGUGGUUACCAUCGUUUACUAGUUGGAGAUGAAGCCCUUCAUAAAAGUGGACUUUUGACAUUUUACAACCCUGUAGAAAAUGGGGUGAUUAAAGACUGGGAAAGAGCUGAAGGCUUUUUGAAAUAUUGCUUCAGCAAUGAGCUAAAAGUUGCCUCAGAAGAGCAUAAUGUGAUCAUGAGUGAAGUUCCAUUCCAGUCACCUGCUGAUAGAGAGAAAUUAGCUCAACUAAUGUUUGAGACUUUCAAUGUUUCUGGAUUUUACCUUGCCAACCUAGGCCUACUCUCUGUAUAAGGAAGUGGAAGAUAAUCAGGUAUCUUUUGCGAGUCUGGUGCUCAUAUGACCCACACAAUACCAGUUAGUGAUGGAGUUGUAAUCACUUCAGCGAUUCAAAGAGCUGAAUUUGGAGGCAAAGAUAUCAAUGAGCUUAUGAUAAAGCUUCUCUCAGAUAAAGGAUACUCAUUUACUACAACUGCAGAAAGAUUAAAUGCCAGAUAACUUAAGGAAAAAUAUUGCAUCGUUGCUCAAGACUAUGAAUCUGCCCUUGAGGAUAAUGAAGAAAAGUACUACGAAACUCCAGAUGGCACAGCUAUCAACUUUAGCAAUGAGAGAUACAAAGGUGCAGAGGCUAUUUUCAAACCAAAUGACCUUUGUGGAAGAGGCGUCGACUCAAUCCAAGAUAUGAUCAUGAAAUCUAUCGAAGGAAGCGAUGAAGGGGUCAGAGCAAAUCUUUUUGGAACUAUUGUUCUAUCAGGAGGUAACACUUUGUUUGAGGGCAUUAGAGACAGACUUCAGAAGGAGAUUGAAAGCAGAGCUGGAGACCCAGGCAUUGUGAGAGUCAUUGCUGAUGAUUCUAGAAAAUACGGUGUCUUCAAUGGAGCUUCCAUCUUAGCUUCUUCAUCUAUGAUGGAUACAAUGUGGAUUCAGAGGGAAGAGUAUGCCGAAAGCGGAGCCUCAAUUGUUCAAACCAAGUGCCCCUAGUGA